AAACCAAAUAAAUACAGGGCAGCUUGAAGUAACCAACCAAGAUAUACUCCAGUCGAGUAGUGAAACCCCACUCUGGCUGUAGAUGCGGUCGUCGGGAGCAAGCGGCAACACCAGCACCACACUCGGCCACUCCACUCCCUUGUUGCCUCAAAUCCAGCCGAUGGAGGAGGGCGCCGGAAUGCCGCCACGCCGCAGCGCAAGCCUCCAUCCCCAAAUCCAGCUGAGUGAGCAGGGAGCCGGCGUGACCUGCCGCCGCAGCCCGUGCAUCCACCCCCAGAUCCAGGCGAGUGAGGAGGGCGCCGGAGUGAGCCGCCCACGCAGCGGCGGCACGUCGUCCGUGGCGCCUGAAUCCCCGACGUUCGACGACGAUAUGCUCCGGGAGAUCCUCAUCCGUCUCCCGCCUCAGCCGUCCUCCCUGCCCCGCGCCUCCGCCGUCUGCAGGCGCUGGCGGGGCCUCGUCGCCGACCCCAAGUUCCUCUGCAGCUUCCGCGCCCGCCACCGGAAGUCGCCCCUCCUCGGCUUCUUCGACAAACGAGGCUCCAGGAUCGUCUUCACCCCCAUCCUUGACCCUCCGGACCGCGUCCCUCCCGCGCGUCUCUCCCUUGGACGCUGCAGCAGCACCGACGAUUACGACGUGCUCAAUUGCCGCCACGGCCUCGUCCUCGUCAAGAACAGGUCGCGGACGGAGGUCGUGGUGUGCGACCCCGUCACCGGCGAGCAGCGCCGCCUGGCCGUUCCGCCGGAGUUCAAGACGGUCUUUUUCAACGGGGCAGUGCUCUGCACCGCCGCCGGCCAGGGCCACGUUCACGGCGGCUGCCACUCCGGCCCCUUCAAGGUGGUCUUGAUGAGCAUGUACAGAGACGUCAAUCGACCCACCGUCCGUGUUUACUCCUCGGAGACUGGCUGGUGGGGCAAUCUCAUUUCUACACAGGCUUCGUAUCAGCUUGGUGGCGAUGCCGAUAAUCCCGCGGUCCUCCUUGGUCAUGCACUUUACUGGUUGUCGAGGAGAGAUGGAAUAGUUGAGUUUGAUCUGGAUGGACAGAGCCUAGCUGUGAUCACAGGGCCUCCUGUUACAAAUAAUAUCCUCGGUCAAAACCAUUCGAUCAUCCUGGCUGAGGAUGGCGCCCUUGGCUUCGUUGUAUUGUCUUUUCCUUGCUUCCAUAUGUGGCGGAGGAAUAUUAAUGGUCACGGUGUUGCCACAUGGGUGCCGUGGAGGACCAUUGAAAUGCAUACAAUUCUCGGCCUCCCUUCUCAGCUUGAUGCAGGGUGGAAAUGGCUGAUGGGGUAUGAUCAGGAUAAUGAUGUUGUAUUUUUGCUUGUGGGCUACAGUGUUUACAUGGUUCAACUUAAGUCGAUGCAGCCCAGGAAACUUUACGAAACCAAGUAUAUCACUCAAUGUCAUCCUUUUACGAGUUUCUAUACACAAGGGACAACCAUUAAUGGUGGAUCUAAUAGAGCUGUACAUAGGAUGCUUGCCUAGUUUUAUGGGCUAAUGUUCUGAAUGGUUCAGCUGUGAAGUAAGAGCUGCUGCGGUUGUCGGUUGUCAUUGAGUUGGUAGUGGCGCAUCAAUUUGGGUCCACCAUGUUUUGUGUUUAUAUGUUAUCAGAGAAAAACUUACUGAGUGUGUCCCUUAGUCUAGCUAAGUUUCUAAUGUGAAAGGAUGCUUUUGAAUACCUAACACAGGGAGUUUCAGCUUCUCCAAGUAUCAUCUCAAGUGGACACCGCCUUGUAUGAUUGUGCUUGCUAGGUCUUCUCUUCAGCAAGGAGAGUUUCUACCCCAAGCACCACCUUGACUUGUAUUUUUUGUGUAUCCUUCUCUCUUAUCUGUGGUCUGGAAUGCAAGUUAUCGCUCCUUUUCUCA